GAUGAAAAUAUUCAAAUUGAGCAUGAAAUGAAUGUUUAACCGAAGACUAAUAUGUUUAUACACUGUCACUGAUUAAUAAUACGAAGGCUACCGAAAAUACUUCGCUGACGAAGAGGCCCAGCCGAGGCGGAACACGUUAGGUUGCGGCUGACGUCAGACGUUACGUACAGCGUGAUGAUGCAUUGUUGUUGGUCGCUGGCUCCAUUGAUGACAUGGCGGCUCGCUGGAGCAGUGAGAAUUUGGUGGUGGAGGUCAGGGACUCGCAGGCAACUGCGAUGUCUGUGAACUGCCAUGGCCAGCUUGCAGUGCUCUCUGGGCGCCGUUUCUUGUAUGUUAUAAACUUAGAUGCUCCCUCAGAAGUACCAAGAAAGAUUGCAAGACAGAGCAAAUGGGACAUUGGUGCAGUGCAGUGGAACCCACAUGAGACUUCCUCCCACUAUUUUGCAGCUUCAUGCAACCAGCGAGUGGACCUCUACAAAUGGCACGAUGGAAAUGGUGAGAUUCACACUUCACUGCAGGGUCAUACUCGUGUUAUAAGUGAUUUGGAGUGGUCGUGGUUUGAACCGGAGCUGCUUGUCACAAGCUCUGUCGACACUUACAUAUACAUUUGGGACAUCAAGGACACACGGAAGCCAUCAGUGUCUCUAUCAGCUGUGGCUGGAGCCUCUCAGGUGAAAUGGAACAAAAAGAAUCCAUGCUGCUUGGCAACGAGCCAUGAUGGAGAUGUCCGUAUCUGGGACAAGCGGAAACCUAACACAGCAGUGGAAUAUAUAGCUGCUCAUUUGUCAAAAAUCCAUGGGCUAGACUGGCAUUCAGAGAAUGAGCACAUCUUUGUUACAUCAAGCCAAGACAACUCUGUCAGAUUCUGGGAUUACCGACAACCAAGGAAAUACCUGAACAUCCUCUCCUGUCAAGUGCCAGUGUGGAAGGCCCGGUACACACCGUUCAGCAAUGGCUUGGUGACAGUGAUGGUCCCACAACUACGUCGUGGUGAGAAUAGUCUCCUUCUCUGGAAUGUUUUGGACCUCAAUGUCCCAGUUCAUACUUUUGUUGGACACGAUGAUGUGGUGCUAGAAUUUCAGUGGCGAAAGCAGAAGGAAGAAUUGAAGGACUAUCAGUUAGUUACCUGGUCACGUGACCAGACUUUGCGGAUGUGGCGGAUUGAUAUGCAAUUACAACGGCUCUGUGCAAAUGAUGUGCUGGAUGGUGAUGAGUUAACUGAUGGCGUUUCCCUGCUUCCAGAGACAGAUAAAGCCCUUCAUUCACAGGAUACUGAUUCUCACCCAACACUUAGUCAUGUAAACGAGGAGGAUGAAGUUCUAAGGGAAGAUUUUCACAACCAUGUCACAAUCAGCUCGAAACCCGAUUACCUUGGGCUACCGCAGACGUUACAACAAGAAUUCUCGUUGGUUAACCUGCAAAUUCGCAACGUGAUGGUUGAUGAGAUGGAUGCUGUAAAUCGUAACUGUACAGUCUCAGUGCAUUGUGGCAAUCUGCGGGUGAAGAUGGUUGUGAUGUUUCCAGUACAAUAUCCAAACAAUGCUGCCCCUUCUUUCCAGUUCAUUAAUCCCACCACCAUCAGCUCAAGCAUGAGGACAAAACUCCUUAAGCUCCUGAAAGACACAUCCCUCCAGAAGGUGAAACGAAACCAGAGUUGUCUGGAACCUUGUUUGCGCCAGCUUGUGUCCAGCCUGGAGGCUAUUGUGAAUCAGGAUAGCAAUGGAUCUGCUAACUCUCAGAAUCCAUUUGCCCUCGGAAACUCUGUGACACCACCACUCCCGACUUUUCCACGAGCCACUAACACGUAUGGUUCCUAUCAGGAUGCCAACAUUCCCUUUCCUCGCACCUCUGGGGCACGUUUUUGUGGAGCUGGUUACCUUGUGUACUUCAUGAGACCAAUGACUCUUCAUCGGACAGUAUCUCCAACAGAGCCCACACCCAGAUCUCUAUCAGCACUCUCUGCCUAUCACAGUGGAGGAAUUACCCCGAUGAAGAUCCGUACAGAAUCACAGAGUAACUUGAGGCUAUACAGUGGGAGCCCAACCCGCAGUGAAAAGGAGCCAGUCUCCAUUAGCUCCUUUUAUUACAAGGAGCGAAAAUCACGUCGAUGGAAAGGAAAGCGAGAAGGUACCGACUCAAACAACCGACCAAUCAAAGCUGCAGGGAAAGUCAUCAUCCAAGACAUCUCCUGCCUCCUUCCUGUGCACAAAGCGCUGGGUGAAUUGUACAUACUGAAUGUGAAUGACAUUCAAGAGACGUGUCAGAAGAAUGCUGCGGCAGCUCUGUCAGUUGGACGACUAGACCUUGUACAGGUGUGGUCUCUGGCUGCUGUUGCUACAGACUCUUUCCUCAGUCCUCACCCUGAUCCCGACAUAGAAACUCCGUGGGCACGACAUCCAUUUGGCCGACAGCUCCUGGAGUCGCUCCUGACUCAUUACAGCACAAUACAUGAUGUUCAGACUCUAGCCAUGCUAUGCAGUGUGUUUGAGGCCCAGUCCAGGCCUCAGGACUACGGCAGCGUAGGACAGCAGGUCUACCAGCGCACUUCUACUUCCACCCCUCUUUUACACUAUUCAGGAUAUGCCUCUUCAGGAUCCUACUCGAGCACAUCUGAAACUAUCGUCUGGUCUGCUGGAUGGAACAUAGUGGGCAGGGAAUCAGAACACCUUAACUCUUGGUGCUACGAGUCACCAGAUGACUAUCGUUAUGGAAAUCAGAUCUACACUGAUCCAAAAGAACGAGAGAAGGAGCAACAUGAAAAGAACAAAAAGUUACUUGACCCAGCCAAUAUGCUGCAAUAUGAUGACUUUAAGAAGUGUUAUGGGGAGAUCCUGUAUCGCUGGGGCCUGCGAGAGAAGCGAGCAGAGGUGUUGAAAUUUGUCUCCUUCCCUCCUGACCCUCACAAGGGGAUUGAGUUUGGGGUGUACUGCUGUCAUUGCCGCAGUGAAGUACGAGGAACACAGUGUGCUAUUUGCAAAGGCUUCACCUUCCAAUGUGCCAUCUGCCAUGUUGCUGUACGGGGAUCUGCCAACUUCUGUCUCACCUGUGGGCAUGGUGGCCAUACAAGUCAUAUGAUGGAAUGGUUUCGGACCCAGGAAGUGUGCCCCACGGGCUGUGGCUGCCAUUGUUUGCUUGAGAGCACCUUCUGAAAGAAGCCGACUAUCACUGCUCGUAAUAAGAAGCCUUGAAUAGUGUUCCAGGAUAUUGUGUGUGUGUGUUGUUUUUAAUUGAAAUUGUGAUUGUCAAUUGAACAGAGAUAUGGAAACUUUAAUCAGUGAGAGAACUUUGAGAGUGGAGUUUUGUUCCUAGAGCACUAGGACAAAUUUUCAGACUUUCAAAUUAUCUGGACUCUGCUUUCGAGAGUGAAGGAACAUGGUUUGCACGUAUUCUCCAGUACAGCAACAAUGAAUGGUCAAAUUCAAAAGCAAGUUUUAUUUAUGAAAGCAUAUUUUUAAAAUGAACUUUGUUUCAUUGUUAGCAGUAAUCACUGUCCAGCUGUCGAUGGUGAUUGCUGUCCAGCUGUUGACAGUGAUCCUUCACACUUAGCAUGUAUAAGUGAAUAUGUUUCACAACUAACAUUAGUACAGACUUGAAAUGACCACAAUCGUUAAAGCUGUGAUUGGGAAAACAGGUCUUUGUUUAGAAGAAGCAUUACCCGCUCAGUGGUUUGUGCAGUUCUUUUCCAGUUUUCACGGUUUGCUGCUGCUGAUCUGUUUCCACACUGUUUGUGCAGUGUUUGACUUGACUUCCACAAGUUGAAGAGUCGUGAUAAUUAAAUUCAAUAGGGGUACUGGGGAUCUGUGGGUUAGAUGCUGGCUUUGCUCCUGGAAGCUGAGUAAAUAUCCAGCCCAGACUGACACCUUUGCCCACGUGCUGUAAUCACCCUACUUGAAAUAAGUUUGGUAGUCUAGAUUCUAUUGUUUGGAUGGCAUGGGUUCAAUGAAAAACCGCCUUGAAUUUGACACAAAAUUGAGAAUGUCAUUCAGUACUUUGCAGAAUUGAUAGUAUGGGGAAAUUGAAAAGAAUGUUGCACUACUGCAGUAAGUGGGCUCUCUCUUAGACCUGGGGCUGAGACAUGAUAACUGGAUAGAAUAGAGAGCUUUACUCUGUAACUGCAGUACUUAAUCUAAGACUGCUUGAUAGUGACGCUACAUGCUCAAAAUGGAAAAUGAUCCAUUUCUUAGCACUAACAUCUUUCACCUUGAGCACAACGUUCACAAAAUAAUUAAGUUCAGUAGGACAGUUCUUGAAUGGAUUGAUCACAUUGAAUGCUAUGCCAUCCUUCAUUGUCCUUAUGGUAAUUUGAGUCAGCUAAAUUGGCAGGUUUUGUUGGAAACUAAAGAAUCGUUUGGCAACUGACUGGAUGGUGCUAUUGAACUAAAUUUUGAACAUAAGUGGUAACCAUAGCACUGAAAUGUAAUUUGCCCAAGCCCUUUGCCACUGUUACUGGGGUCAGGGCUUGCUUGAUUUUGCAAGAGUUGCACAGUUUUGUUUUGUUUCUCAACAGUAGCUGGGAGUGUGUUAGCCAGUGCUAAGGAUACAGGACUCCAAUUUCAGGCAUUUCAUCUGCAGCAGCAAUCUUCAGUCUUUUCUGGGAGGAGCAGUGUUCUUUUAAUUCUCAAUUGCAGUUUAAUGAAAGCCACUGCAUACAUAGCCUGAAGAUCUUGUAACCUUAGGAAACACAGCAUAUUUCCAAGGAGAACAUAAGGUUUCCAGCUUUGUAUAUUGGGGCAGUGUCUAUGUGACUGAUGAUUUUAGCUAAACCCCACUCAUUAAUGUUGACUGUAAAAUGAAUAGCAAAUUCUUGAUGUAUCUUGAUUCGAGGAACUACCUCACUACUCCUGGCUGUAUACACAGUGGCCAAGUUAAAGAUACACUCAUGAAUCAUAGAAUCCACUAGUCCCAUGAAAGAACUGAUCAACUGAAAGAAUUAUAUGUGGUAACCCUAGUACUACAAACAUUCAGCUAUUUACAUGUUAGUUUGGUUUAUGUGGAUCAAUUGUUUUCCCAACACUUCUGCACCUGCUUCCUGUUUCGGUGUUUUGUAAUUUGGUCAGCUAAGGUCCAGAAUUGUUUCUACUGCAUGAUUGCAGCCCAGUAUUGUACUUGUAUGAAGUGAGCAGGUUGCUGCACUGCUUGAUGUAACCACCCUAUUUCUACUGUGGUAAACCAAAUAGCAAAAUAGGUAUGGCCUCUGAAUCCCACUCCUGCCCCCACCACUGUCCCUGAACAUGCAACCUUCCGCACAGUGGCCUCUGAUCUCGCGCUAUCCUGGACCCCCAACCUUUCGGACCCACCCUCACCCCUGAGUUGACCUCUGAUCUCUCACUGUCCAUGACAACCCCUUCCUUCCAACAGUGACUCUUCAUCUCCCACUCUUUCUAAACCCACACCCCACCCGUGUCCUCUGGUUCCCUCAAUGUCCCUGCCCCCUGCACAGUGAAAUCUGAGCCCUCAGCUUCCUGAACCCAGCAUCCAGAGCAGUGAUCUUUGAUUCUCCCACUGCCUCAGACCUCCUGAACAGUGAUCUCUGAAACCCUGUCUAUUGUCCCAGGCCCUCUGGUUUUCAUAGAGCUUGGUUUUCUCCUGGUACUUGCUGGAGCACAAAGUAUAUACUAAAACUUAAUUGCAUGUUUUUUUGUGUGCAUUGCUUCAGGAAGAAAGAGUUAAACUUUGCCUGACCGCAGAUCAUAAGUUAUGUAAGAUCCAUGACAUAGAGUGAAAAGAUCAUUUGAGGCAUUAACAGUCAUGUCUUUGGAUUGAUGGUUGCCCAUAGUCCAUGGGGUGCUGAAUUGGAAUUAAAGGCUGAAGUGGAUUUGUGCUGAAUCCACUAUUUAAUAAUGGAAGAAUCUACUGUUCAGGAAGAGGAAGUAGUAAUCUGGCCAUUCCAUUAAUGACUGUGUGAAAGAGUAUAUGCUUUUUGCAGAAUCAUGAACUUGGGUGGGGGGGGGCGCAGUGUGAGGUUAUUUGUUUGUCUUUACAAAGUUUAACUUUUAUUUGCCUGCCAUUUCUCCCUCUGUGUAGCAGUCCACGGUGACACGACAAACUGGUGAGGGAGCUCCAGAGAAAAGCUUUCAGAGUUCUCCAUUUGGACAAUUUCUUCUGUGACCACCCAAGUGUCUGUGCUCAUGUCAGUUUUAAUAACCUUACAAAUUGAUUAAUAUGUUGACUUUUUCAAUUCCUUGGAAAGUUGAAUAAGCAGCAGGCCUGCUGGUCAAGGGUCAGGAGCCUAAUUCCAUCUUGUGUGGGCCUUUCCAAAGCUAUUAAAUUUGCCAAUUCUGGUUAUGCUUACUCCUGGAGAUUUCAUUACAUGACCCAGUGUCUCCAAAAUCUUCCACUCCCCAUAUUCCUGCAAUUGAUACCUGACACACACAUCCUCAGGACGCACUGCAUUCCCUCACCAAUUUGGACAUGAACAGAUUCCUACUUUCUUGAUCGGUUGAUUCUUAACUGUCAAACAGCCUUCUCCCUCCCUGUCUCUAAUAUUAUCAUAAGCCAGUAAACAGAAGUGUUAUGGGAAAACAACCAAAAAAAUCAUUUUUUAAAUGCCCCUAUGAUUUUUCUAUUUGGUUGCUCAUAGCAAUGUCCUGGAGAUUAAUUUUUAAUUCCUGGUAACUCCAGAACAAUCCUGGAGGGUUGGCAACUCUUAAGAACUAUGCAUCUUGAUCAGUUAUCCUCUUGGUGUUUUUAUUUUUAGGUCUGUGUCCUCCUGAGGUGCCCCUUCACACUUGUGCUUAUGUUGCAUUCAGCACAAUGGGAUACACCCCAUUUCAUUAAGAAUCCAGUUAAUGCCUACAUCAUCAUCAUUUAUGUUAUUGUUUAGAUGUUAAUAUUGCUGAUCUAUUUCCAAUGCAGAAACUGUAUUGCUAAGCUGCUGAGUUCAGGAGCUGCAACUACAUUUUGUAAUUAAGAUGUAAAUUGUGUACAAAGAUGACACUGUACAUACUGUUCAAAGUAAAUCUUUCUGCUAUGA